UCGAACUGUUGCGGUUGUUUAUACAUUUAGUAGCCGUUGACCAAAAAACAAUUUAAUAUCAUGUACAGCAGUCGCUAUAGUAGAUUCAUAACAAAUUUCAAUUAUGUACUGGCAAAGCAACAAAUAUUCAGCGGCAUUUUAAGAACCAACUCUAAAAGCACUUGCAUUGCUAGAGCGAAUAUUGUCCUUAAACGUUGGCUUAGUACACAACUGAUAAAUGAUGGUAAAUUGAUAAUAGUGAGAGAAGAUGAAGGACGGGCUGACGAUAGACGUAAAAUGAAAUUUCCCACAGUCUGGUUACGCGAUAAUUGCCAAUGCAGUGAGUGCUUUCAUGACACGACCAAAAGUCGUAAAAUCAAUUGGGAACGUUGCAGCAAUGAAACGGCCAUACGUGCUGCACAAGUAACAGUCGACAGCAGCGAAAAUGCAAUAAUCAUAGAUUGGCAAGAUGCCCAUAAAUCAAAAUACGAUUUAAAAUGGUUAAAGCAACGCGAUUUUAGUCCAGAGCAGCGCAAAAAAUACACUGAAGAAGUUUAUAAGCCGAAGGAAGUAAUAUGGGGCAAACAAGACUACAAUGAAAUAUUGAGAAUUUAUGAUUUUCAAAAGAUUAUUGCAAAUGAUUUGGAUCUUUACAACUGGCUGAAAUCUCUGGCUGUGUAUGGUGUUACAAUUAUCAAAGAUGCUCCACAUGAUAAAACCGUUUCGAGACAGUUGGCUGAUCGUAUUGGAUUUAUUAAAAGGACCACUUAUGGUGAAGAAUUUGAAGUGAAAUCCAAAGAAAAUGCUCGCAACUAUGCUUAUCUGAUGACGCCUUUACCGUUACACAUAGACAUGCCCUAUUAUGAAUAUAUUGCAGGCAUUAAUAUUCUACAUUGUCUAGUACAAUCUAAAUCCCAAGGUGGAGCAAAUCUUCUAACAGACGGUUUUUAUGUGGCUGAACAAUUAAAACAAAAUUAUCCUAAAUAUUUUGAAAUCCUAUUGAAAACUCCGGUGGACUGGUAUGAUAUAGGAAAGGACAGUGGAAUGGAAUUUCAUAACAUAUGGAGGGAACCAGUAAUAAAUUUGGACACCGAUGGUCGUUAUCAUCGCAUCAAUCACAAUACCACCAAACGUGAUAGUCACUUUACGGUACCUUUAGAAGUAGUCGAUUUGUGGUAUGAAGCUUAUGAUAAAUUUUUACAAAUCGCUUACGCUUCCACUGUGGAGCUUAAAACGAGCCCUGGUGAGGUAUUUGUUUUUAAUAAUAGACGUAUGCUGCAUGGUCGUACCGCUUAUACGGAUUCCGCGGAGAAUAAACGUCAUUUGAUUGGUGCCUAUGUGGACUGGGAUAUCAUUUAUUCGAAAAUGAGAAUUUUAAAGGCAAAACUGAAGAAUGUUUGACAUUAGGUAUAUGUAAUGUAAAUAUUAAA